AUGAAGUUCUCGGAGCAUGUCUCAAACACAGCAAGUAAAGCCAGUAAAUUACUUGGAAUGGCACGAAGAAAUUUUUGGAAUUGUCCAAAACACGUUAAUAGGGAAACUGUUUACAAAACAAUGGUAAUGCCAAAACUGGAAUAUGCUUGUGAGGCAUGGGACCCACACUACAAGAAAGACAUUAAGACACUAGAAAAAGUCCAAAGAAAAGGCGCGAGAUUCUGCUUGCAGAACUAUGCUCCACUUGCCAGGGUUACAG